GAUCAGUGACGUCAUUUUUAAGUGACAGCAAUGGGCACUAACCAGUGAGCAUGUAGAAUGAGUACAACAUUUAUGUACAUUUAAGGGAAGAAAUUUGAGAUUUCCAUCCUUCAUAAUGGCUGAUUACUGGAAAUCCCAGCCGAAGAAGUUCUGUCAGUACUGCAAGUGCUGGAUCGCGGAUAACAAGCCCAGCGUCGAGUUUCACGAGAGAGGAAAGAAUCACAAAGAGAAUGUCGCGGCCAAAAUCGCAGAGAUUAAGAAGAAAAGCGUUGCGAAGGCCAAGCAGGAGCAGAAGAUGUCGAAGGAGUUCGCAGCGAUGGAAGAAGCGGCUCUGAAGGCGUAUGAGGAGGAUCUGAAGAGACUCACGGCUCAGUCAUCAGGCGUGAGUUUGCCUCCACCAGAACCUCCUGCUAAAACACAGAAAAAAACAAAAAAACGUGCCGCAAACGUGCCAUCAGGAACCAGCAGCCGCAGCCGGCCCGAUGUGUGGGUGGGAGGAACCACAGGCGACGGCCAGGUGUAUUAUUACAACACCACCACAGGAGAGUCGCAGUGGGAGAGACCGGACGGGUUCCUGGACGAGAGCUCGUCAUCAUCAGUCGUGGGACACAUGCCGGAUCCGUCAGCCGCUGCGUGGAUAGAGGCCGUGAGUCCUGAUGGGUAUAUGUACUACUACAACACUGAGACCGGCAAAUCCAGCUGGGAAAAACCGGAUGGCUUUAGUUCGGAAGACAUUUCUCCUCCUGGCGUUGAGUCUCCUCGUGACGUGAUGAUAACGCCUGAAAACUAUUCUCCCGUUUAUCCCGAGCCUCCGUCUGCAGAAGAAGACUCGUCUGACCCUGCCAAAGACACGCCAGAACCAGAGCCAGAACCAGAACCAGAGCCAGAGCCAGAGCAGACCAAAGACACCAGCGGGGUGAAGAUCAGUUUCAGGAAGAGAAAAGACGAGCCGGUCCAAACGUCAUCGGACGACGGAGGAGAGAAAACCCCCGAUGAUGGAGGGAACGCUGCGCAGAAGGAGGAAGAAACGAGCGCUCCUGUGGCGGUGAAGGAGAUCGUGAUCCCAGUGAAGAGAGCCAGGAAGAUCAAUCCAUACGGAUCCUGGGAACGGAUCACGCCGGUGGAGGACCCAUAUGAGAAGGUGGAUCUGCAGCUCCCGCAGGUGGAGAGUUUCGCCCCGACUGCAUCCGUCGUCCCCCGAGAGCCCCGGCCCCGGUUUAAGGAGCGCACCAUCACGUCUCUGGGGUCCGAAGCCGGCGCCGGAACCACUUUCAGGAAGAGGAAGACCGAGAACGGCAAAUCCCGGAUCCUCCGGCAGAGAGGCGAGGACGAGUAGACUCAGACCAGUCUUUACAGCUUCUGCGCUUUACUAUGUUUUGUAUUUUAUAAAUUGUUGGCAGGCGACGUUUUAACUGCCUUUAAAUACUCUUUUUGUGAAUAUUUCCAGGAAUCAGUUUUGCUUCUAUAUGUUUGAGUG